AAAGAUAUCAAGCCUAUGGAAUCGGCAGCGAAUAACAAUCAAGCAAACCGGGAGGAAAUACAAAUGAGAAGAGCUGUCAAUGAAGACAUCAAAGAGCAUCCCGGUAUUGGAAAAAAACUUCCAUCAAACUUAAAGUUGAAAUCCCUUUUAAAAGAAGCCAUCAAACGCGGACAAGACACUGCAGCUUCUCAGAAAGCACUUGGUACGGAUAUUCCCAAAGACGGCACCUCAGGUAAAACUGGACAGAAAUCGUCCAGUGGAGAUAACAAGGAAUCACACCAACCAGAUGAUCACCCUAGGAUAAAAAGCAGCGAAUCCAAACCGCGUGGCACAUCUACGGAACAAAAACAAGAGAGAAAUACUCAGCCCGGGAACAUGGCGUCUGCUGGACCCCGAUGGAGCUCAGCCAUGGAUUAUGGACUCAAGUCUCACCAUGAAGAAAGAAAAGUAAAAAUAAAAAAAAAGAAAAAAGGGAGACUAGAGUCCCAAACUGAGACUAAAGAUCCAGCAGACAAUGGAUCCCUGAUUAUCGUUGGAGGACUUAUAGGAGGAAUGUUUCUGUUUCUGGCGAUUGGGGCUGUGUUUUAUUGCAUUUGGAAAAAUUGCAGGAAGAGAAUUGGACGAGAUCGAGGCGAUCCCGAACGAGGCCGGUUAUCAGCCUCGAACCAGGCCAUCGCGGAGGACGGGGAUGAAGAUAUUAUCUUUGAAAGAAAACCUAAAGGGUGGAAAAAGAAAAACAAGAAAGAAGAUAAGGAAGAUUCCCCAGGUAAAAAAGUAGGAUUGAAUUUGGAAGUUUCCCAAUCUCCCCCGCCAAAAGGAAUACUUGAAGGAGGUCACGACCGAGAAAUACGAGUAAAUAUGGAGCUCUCCGAUUCUUCGCAGCCUGCCUCGUUAUCAUCCCUGUCAGCACCAUCACAGUAUUCUUCCCUCGGUACGCCGCACUCCACCCCGACAAUUGGCUCUUCUAUGGAAUACAUAACCCUCGUAGACUCUCGAAAAGAUUCUUAUCUGCGCGUUUGGAUGCCGCAAAUGCAAUCCUCCGGAUCUUCCUCAUCAAGUGAUGUGAAGAUUGAAGUUGACCAGGUGGCUCCACCUAAAUCGCUAAACAUUUCAGCGGCCUGUCGUCAACUGACCAGCACGGUUACCACGGAAACAGGUGGCUCCAACUCCUCCUCUGAGUCGUGCAAGACACCAGUAGCUGUCAGCAAUGACGUCAUCACCACAAUUGACGAUGACGACGAUUGUAAGGUGCCGUUGUUGUCUUCAGAAAAUGAGGGCUCAUCUGCUGAAGUGAUCUACGUCAGUAUGAAUCAUUUAACAACGGAGGCGACAGGAGGAGAUGGGAAUGAUGUGAAAGAGCGAACAGGCGAACCACCACUGCCUCCAGAUCAGGCAAAACCUCCAUCUUAUCCCACAGAUGUUACAAAAGCGGCCUCUCACCAACUGACAAGCACGGUUACCACGGAAACAGGUGGCUCCAACUCCUCCUCUGAGUCGUGCAAGACACCAGUAGCUGUCAGCAAUGACGUCAUCACCACAGUCGACGAUGACGACGAUUGUACGGUGCCGUUGUUGUCUUCAGAAAAUGAGGGCUCAUCUGCUGAAGUGAUCUACGUCAGUAUGAAUCAUUUAACAACGGAGGCGACAGGAGGAGAUGGGAAUGAUGUGAAAGAGCGAACAGGCGAACCACCACUGCCUCCAGAUCAGGCAAAACCUCCAUCUUAUCCCACAGAUGUUGCAAAAGCGGCCUCUCGCCAACUGACAAGCAUGGUUACCACGGAAACAGGUGGCUCCAACUCCUCCUCUGAGUCGUGCAAGACACCAGUAGCUGUUAGCAAUGACGUCAUCACCACAAUCGACGAUGACGACGAUUGCAAGGUGCCGUUGUUGUCUUCAGAAAAUGAGAGCUCGUCUGCUGAAAUGAUCUACGUCAGUAGGAAUCAUUUAACAACGGAGGCGACAAAAGGAGAUGGGAAUGAUGUUAAAGAGCAACCAGGAAAGUCUCCGAUUGGUGGAUACAAAGCUUUGGAAGAUCUCCAACUCACACAUCUGACGUUAGGUCAUAACUAUGCAGAGUUGCACGAAGACCCCAACGAGGCUCCGUCCCAGAUCCUUUUCAGGAAUAAACAGGCUAAAACGGGCAUAAACAGGGAGAAGAGGAGAGUGAUUAAGGAACGAACAAAGUCAAUCAUAUUGGAUGAGGCAAUGGAGAAAGCACGUGACCUUAAGUGUAUCAAGCGUCGACGCAUUAUCCGUAAAGGUCUCUCGCUGAGAUCUGACACAUCUUUAUCGGAUGGAGUCACUUUGGCGCAGGCAGUCAUUUUACCUACGCCGGUUGAUCCAAAGAAAAUAAAAAGAGACACAGAAAGGCUGAAAGUUAACAAGGAAUUGUUAAAGAACUGUGUCAAUCCUUCCUUCGGAGACGUGAUACAAGUGGUGGCCUCAACUAUACGCUCAGACGCAAUUACAAGAGAUUUGAGAGAAAAAAAUGAUUACAAUAGAUAUUUGAUUGCUGUGGACGCAAAAGGUUGUGCUCUCAAAAAUGAGAAGCCCACUUUUCAAAUGGAUAUACAGUUUGUCCGGAACAUAAUCUGUGGUCGGUCUUCACUUGAUCAUGGCGAAAAUCCCGAAACGGGAUGUGUGUGCUCCUUCUGUGUCAAGCAACGGAGUAAAACAGGGAGACCAGACUCAGCUGGGGGACCAGACUGCCUCAGCAUACUACAGGAUAUUCCCGCAACGGACGAUACCUUCGUAAUUGGUGGAAAGGUUUUCACAAUUUUUGUUCCCAAACAGUCUUCUUCUGGUAAUGCAGGGCCUAGCACAAGUACCGGAUCAGAUACUGCACACACUGAAUAACGUAAUUUAUCACAGUUUGGUUUGGAAAUCAGUUUAAAUACUUACAUCUUAACAAGAAAAAAAAAAGAGAAGAAAAUUCAAUUUGUUUAAUGUGAAGGGUAUGAAAAUCUUAACCUAGACGCCUCAGUCAGGUGUCGCUUGCUUUCUUCCAGAUCCGCGUGAACUCAUGUCGGAGAGCAUGUUCACAUAAAGCAAUUUUUAAUUUGCGUUUGUUUAUACCGUUAUUAAACAAAGCUGUUGUAUAUUCCUCAACGAGUUUCAUUCAAGUUUUAUCACAGUCUUGUUCUUAUCGUUUUGUGAGGUACUCAUGUAAACUCAUUAAAGGUUGUUAAAGACAUCACAAGACGAAUGAUCUUUA